AUGGCCAUAUUCCGACUCAUCAACCACAUACUGGAGACGGUGCGCAAUAAGCAAGACGUAAAACGCACCAAAUGGGACGCCGAGCAUUACGGCACUAGCACCUACGGAGCCAUCGAGCGGCAGCAAUACUACCACCCCACACAUGCACCAGCGCCUGGCGCCCUCCUCGAACAGCGCAGGUCCUGCCGCGAGCUUAAACAGGAACUGAGGGCUGAGCGCCGUCGGCACAAAGCGGAACGGGUUGCUGUGCGACGUGAGAUAAGGGAGUGCCGCCGCGGCGGGGGUGGCAGACGGAGGCGGAGGGACGCGGCAGCCAUGUUUGCGCCUGAGACAGCGUCAUCUGGACCAGCCAGGACUCAGCAACUCGUGCAUGAAGCAGGCGGGCGAAACCAUCACACCGACAGUGCCCCGGCUGCGAGAUCGGAGCAGCCACCAGUCGGCUAUGUUGGCGAUGGAGGGAUGGAGGAGGCGCCUCCGGCCUAUGAGAAGGUGCAGACGGUUCACUGA